AUGGAUGGGGCACUAGCGAGUGCUUCAACAGGGGUGAUGAACUCCCUUCUCGCCAAGCUCUCUGCAAUGGUUGAGGGGGAGUAUGAGCUCCUUGGAGUCACCAAGUCCGACAUUGCUUUUCUGAGGAACGAGCUCAGCAGUAUGAACGCCCUGCUUGAGAAGCUGGCAGCAGCGGAGAAACUUGACGUGCAGGUACAGGUUUGGAGGGACAACAUACGGGAACUAAGCUAUGAUAUCGAAGAUUGCAUUGACAUGUUUAUGCAGAAGCUCAACCAUGGCGACGCCGCCAAGGCAGGUAAUUUUGUUAAGAAGAUAAUUGGUAAGGUUAAAAAGCUAUGGUCAGGCUUCCAGAUGGCUAACCAGAUUCACGAGCUCAAGGCUCGUGUGGUUGAGGAGAGUGAGCGUCGCUUGAGAUACAAGUACGACGAAUCGAUCUCCACCGCGGGCAAAGUGGAGAUUGAUCCACGAUUGCCAGCGCUGUAUGUGGAAGCAGAGAAACUUGUUGGUAUCGACGGUCCUAUGCAGAAUCUCAUGGAUUGGUUGAUGAAAGACGACUCGACACAACAGCUUAGAGUGGUGUCUAUUGUGGGUUUUGGAGGCCUCGGCAAAACAACUCUCGCGAACCAAGUGUAUCGCAAAAUUAAGAGUCAAUUUGAUUGUACAGCUUUUGUACCAGUUUCGCGAAGUCCCAUCAUAAAGAAGAUACUCCGUGAUCUGCUUACAGAACUGGGUAGUAGUAAGACUCAUGCAUCAGAAGACGAUGAGCGGCAGCUCAUAAAUAAUGUCAGAGCAUAUCUACAAGAUAAAAGGUACUUAAUCAUUGUUGAUGAUAUCUGGAGCACAAUCGCCUGGGAAUUUGUGAAGUCUGCUUUACCUGAGAAUAAAUUACGCAGUAGAAUAAUUACUACUACAAGACAUUCUGAUGUAGCCAGAUCAUGCUGCUCAAGUUAUGAAGGAUAUAUUCACAACAUUCAGCCUCUGAGUAACCAGGACUCCUCAAUGCUGUUUUAUAACAGAGUUUUUCAAAGGCAGACCUCCUGCCCGCCUCAUCUAGAAGAAGUCUCUCUGUCAAUAAUAAAAAGAUGCCAUGGUCUGCCACUAGCUAUAAACACAGUAGCUAGUUUGUUAGCUAACAGAUCAAAUGAUAUAGACCAAUGGGAGCAAGUUCGAGAUUCUAUGGUUUCUGGACUUCAUUCACAACUAGUUCGAGAUAUACUCCUGCUUAGCUACUAUGAUCUUCCACAUCAUCUGAAGUCCUGCUUCUUGUAUCUUUGUAUAUUUCCUGAGGACUGUAAGAUUGCAAGAGAGAAGCUAAUAUGGAGAUGGAUAGCUGAGGGGUUCAUCACAAAUGAAAUUGGACAAACAUUGGACCAAACAGGAGAGAACUACUUUAAUGAUCUUGUCAACAGAAGCUUGAUUCAACAUAUUGAUAUAAUGUAUGAUGGGAUGGCUAGAGCCUGCCGACUCCAUGAUAUGGUGCUUGAUCUUAUCAUUUCACUUUCCACAGAGCAGAACUUUGUCACAGUGGUAGAGGGGGAGGUGUUUAAAUGUUCCGCUAACAAGAUUCGCCGGCUCUCUCUCCUAUCCAGCUUUUUGGAAAAUGAUGUACUGCAGGAGAUUAUGAACAAGUGCUCACAGGUUCGCUCGCUGAUUAGGUUCCACGUGGCAAAUAAAGAAGCCCCUCAUCUGCCAAUAUUUCAUUCUUUAAGAGUAUUGGUUCUACGAUGUACUUGUGCCAACCUUGGUAUUAGUAACCACCACAUUAAAAGUAUUGGGAGCUCUUUGCAAUUGAAGUACCUGGAAAUAGGUUGUCAUAGUAUUACUGAACUUCCAGAGACCAUUGGAGGCCUGCAGUAUUUACAGACACUGGACAUACAUGGCAGCAAAAUUGACAAAUUACCCCCAACCAUAGGCAAUUUGAAAAAUCUGGUGCGUCUACUAGUUGAUUUUAACAUAGAACUGCCAGAUCAGAUUGGCAACCUGCAAUCGUUACGCAUGCUGUCACAUGCUUAUUCGUAUGGCUCUGUGAAAUUUCUGGAGCAGCUCAGGCGUUUGACUAAUUUAAGGGUCCUUCACAUAAGACUGCACGGCAGCAGUGAACUUGGUGAUCAUGGCAUGUGGAAGUAUCAAGAAGCUUUGGAAUCAUCUCUCACUGUGUUGGGUAAACACGGUCUUCAGUCACUUGAGAUUGACACUAAUGAUUACUCGACAAGUAGACUGAUGGAUCUAUUGUGCUGCAAUGCUACAUUUCUGCGAAAGCUGUGCAACCAGAGUUAUCUUAGUAGGAUUCCACAGGGAAUGCAGUGUCUAGUGAAUCUUGCCCAUCUUGAUAUCCGUGUUACCUGCAUCAAACAGGAAGAUCUCUGUAUCCUUGGAGCCAUUCCAACGCUGCUCUAUGCCAUACUGACCUCACUUGAAGCACCUACUGAAAGGCUUAGUAUCGGCAGCCAGCAGUUCUGUUACCUUAAGGAGUUUAUCUUCAGGUCCUAUGGGGAAGAUGGGCUGAGGAUGGUGGCUGAACAGGAAGCUAUGCCAAGGCUUCGAAGUUUACGGCUUCAUUUUAGAGCAAAGGAAACAGAAUCCAAGACAGGUUUUGAGCUCAACUUUGUACACCUUGCAAACCUGGAGCAUAUCACCGCCACAAUUGACUGUUACAUGGCCACUAGAAGCAGAGUAGAGGCUGCAGAAGCUGCCAUCAGGAACACAGCCAACAUCCAUCCGGGACAUCCUACGCUACAAAUCGAGAGAUUUAGGGAGUACAGUACAGUGGAGGAUGAGGACAGGAGGGAAAUGGUUCUGGCGGUGGAAGACAGUACAACAUGCGACAAAGAGGUUCAGCAAAAGCACUCAAGAAAACGCAAGUGUUGCGAGGGCCUACUGCCAUACUAG